ACUUGGAGAUGAACUUGUUCUGGCUUGGAGUUGGUUGCAGCAGUUUACUAAUAAGCCAUUUCCUAGUUGUACUUUUCCUAACAUGGAGGACCGGAACAUCUGUUCACUGGACGUUCUCGGUACCAAGAUUUGAGCUCUUUCUCCUGAUCCUCAUCCUCCCUUGUAUCUCUCAAUCAGCAGCAUUUGUCCUUAGAGGGCAUACAACUGCAGGAAUCAUCACAGGGGCAUUUUUCCUAGCUAUACCUGUAGCAGUUAUUUUAUCGGUCAGCCUAUUCUUGAUAGUUGCAGUAUUCACCAGUAAUUUUGUCCAAUACAAGGAAAUUACAUACAGAAAUGUCAAUAAACCAUGGAAUACGAAGAUGCUUGAUCUGUUCAUAGGGAAUAGUACACAAGGCAAGUGGUUCUACAAGGAAGGCCUGCCUUCAUCAUUCCUCCCAGGAUUUGGGUUGUUGUUCGAGGAUAGGAAGGGUCCUCCUAUUUUAGUUUCAGUUGAUCAUAAUGACUCCAACGACGUACGCAAGUGGACUUACAGUAGUGAAAGUGGGAUUGGAAGAAUGAAGGUUGUGAACAUAGCCAAAGACAGUGAAGAACCUAAAAUUUCCGUACGUAAAAAACUCCUUGGCUGUAUGAGAUCAGCAUAUGUAAUUGUAGACCUUCUGCGAAGAGUUACUUUGGGGUUCAUUUCUGGAGCUUAUUCAUCACCUAGAUUAAGUACAAGUGUUACAGCCUUUUCUCUGACAGUAGUGCAGCUCUUGUAUCUGUUCAGUCUCAAACCGUAUAUUCGACGAGGGGUCCAUGUCGCAGAGAGCGUAUCCCUCUUAUGUGAAGCAGCCAUCUUCGGAUUAUUUAUCUACAUGGGACGCAAGAGUUUCUUUGAAGACAGGACUAUGGGCAUUAUGAUGCUGAUUCUCUUAUUCACAAACUUUUUAGCUCAAGUUGUCAACGAGUGGUAUGCGCUAAUAAAAUGCCUCCUGGAGCUCCCCCAACUUGAAAAUGUAUCAUUCAAUCUAGGAGUAAAAUGCGUUGCCAAGGGUCUCAUCCUGCCUUUCCUCCCAAGGAAGCAUUGGCCAAGAUUUCUUCCUGGAUCGUCUCAUCCAAGAACCGGCUUAGUUCCAGUCAUCCCACUAGGUUCAGAGACAAGGGACAUUGCAGCAAGACAUAUUGAUCACCCUUUAAGUGCCGUGAGUGCAACUAUUGUUCCUGUUCUGAGUCCUGGUUCGUCGAGCGUCACCACCAAAAUCCAAGCACAAGGACCCAUGUCCUCGAAGACGCAAUUCGCGCGGAAGGAUGUGGAAGAACAACGACUCAAAGGAAUUGUUUUGGAGACUAACAAUGAAGCAUGGAAGCUGAGGCAGAUGGCAAAGGCUAGUUUUCCGGUCGUCGAGGUGGGUAGUUGCAGCUAUUCCCAAGACAGCAAUUAGUUCAGAUGAAUGUUUCUCUAACUCAAACAACACAGUAUAGUAGUACAUAACUAGCAAUUGCUUUACCACUCAUCAAAAUCUUACCAACAAUGUACAAUAACACCUGUUUGUAAGUAGUUUUUUGACUCCAAAAAAUCAAAAAAUUAGAAGUCAAUUUGGCCGUUAAAUUUCAAAACAACUUUUAGA